AUGAUGUUGCAAUCUGCCUUGGCCAGCCUCGCCCCAGCUCGCAGCUUUGAGAUCAGGGACGACCAGUUCUUCAAGGACGGCAAAACAAUCCAAAUCAUAUCCGGCAGCAUCCACUAUUUCCGAUGCCACCCUGCGCUCUGGCACGAUCGGCUGGAGAGGGUCAAGGCCCUGGGCCUGAAUGCCAUCACGGCAAGUGCUCGCAUCAUCUUGUGCCUGGCCUGUCAGCGGUGCCUGCACGGCAGUGCGGUGUACGUCGCCUGGAACGUGCACGAGACCUUUCCAGGGCAGUACGCCUGGGAGGGUGGCGCCGACCUCCUGCGCUUUCUUUCGCUGGCGCACGAUCGCGGCCUGCUCGUCGUCCUGCGCCCCGGCCCCUACAUCUGCGCGGAGUGGGACUUUGGGGGCCUGCCCUGGUGGCUCGGCUCCUCCAAGGUCCCUGGCGGGCGCAGGAUGAAGCUGCGCUCGUCCGACCCCGCCUACCUGGCGCACGUCGAUCGCUGGUGGGGGGUGCUGUUCACCAUGAUCAAGCCGCUGAUGUAUGAGGCGGGCGGCCCCAUCAUCCUGACCCAGAUUGAGAACGAGUAUGGCUUUUGUGGGAGCGACAAGGAGUACCUCCGUCACCUGGUGGGCCUGGCCCGGCAGCAUCUUGGCGAGACUGCAGUCCUCUUCACCACAGAUCCACCCCAUGUGGCCUCCGAUGGAACCUUGCCCGGGAGCGAGAUAUUCACGGCCGUCGACUUUGGCCCAGGCUGGUUCAACCCGGAGGCAGACUUUGCUGUUCAGAAGUCCCUCAACGCGCCUGGAUUGUCACCACCCUUCAAUUCUGAGUUCUACUCCGGAUGGCUGACGCACUGGGGAGAAAGCAUGGCAAACACCAGCUCCAGCGUUCUGGCAGCUGACACCCAGGUCCUCCUGCGCUGGGCCCGGAACACCACCUCCCUCUCCUUCUACAUGGUGCAUGGGGGCUCCAACUUUGGAUUUAAUCAGGGGGCCAACGUGGAUGGAUCAAACUAUCAGCCGCACAUCACAUCGUAUGACUACGACGCCCCGAUCAGCGAGGCAGGGGACUACUGCCAGCCCGGCAUCGGCGGGGAGUGCAAGUACCAUGCAAUCCGAGAGGUCAUUGCGCAGCACACGGGGAUCACCCCGCCUCCCCUUCCGCCCCGACCUCGCAUCCACGCGUACGGCGAGGUGCAUCUGGACCGGAAGGCUGCACUCUUUGACGUCUUGCCCCAGCUCAGUGAGCCUGUAGAUACGGUCCGCCCAGAUGUCAUGGAGGAAUAUGCCCAGCGAAGUGGCCUCAUCCUCUACCGGCACAUCAUCCCCCGCAAGCAGCUGAGCAAGAGCUCGGAGCUUGAUCUGGGUGCAAGUCCCCACGAUUAUGCCACGGUAUACCUGGAUGGCCAGGUAUCGGGGCCAUACAAUGAUGCUGACACAGCGAGGCUCGACAUCCUGGUGGAAGCCAUGGGACGGCGCAAUUUUGGCUGCGAGGAGGGUGGCUGGGAUCUCAAGGGGCUGCAGUCGUCUCUGGUGACAUUGAACGGGGAGCCAUUGCUGACCUGGCAGGUGUUUCCAUUGGAGCUCAAAGAUCUGUCUCGCCUUGCCUUCUACCCUAUUACCUCGUCGCUGGCAGUGUCAAGAAGGUUGCUGGAGAGUUCAAGCGAUCUUAGGAGCAGCAACUGCUCCCAGGGACCCAUGUUCUACAAGGGGACCCUUGACGCGCCAGGCCCUGCCUUCAACAAGCAGACGGGCCAAAUGGCCGACACCUACCUCUCUGUCCGCGGCUGGUCCAAGGGCAUCGCCUGGAUCAAUGGAUUCAACCUUGGCUGGUGCGGGCACUGGGCCUCCCAGGGACCGCAGGUCACCCUCUAUGUUCCGGGCCCACUGCUCCAUGCCGGCGACAAUGAGAUUGUCCUGUUGGAGCUGGAGGACACCGCUGAACGCGACCAUGCGGCAGUCAGCUUUGUCGAUGAACCAGACUUCUACGGCCCCGCUUCGCAGGGCAUGGCCGGUGCAGGAGUCAGCAUAGCAGGCGCGCCUGGCCGACGCACAGCCCAUGGCCCUGUUUAA